AGAAAUAAAUAUUCGUGUUAUGCUUACUGUUCGAGCAGUUCAAGCUUUCUGACUUCCUCUUAGAAAAGAGUAAAAUUCCUUCUUUGCGGUUUGUUUUUUAUCUAUCUUUAUACCUUGUUGCUUUUCCAGAAAUUAUAGCAUUAAAAAUAGCCAUUACCUAAUUAAUCUUUUAAUAUCAACUAUAAUAAUCGACUAAGUUACCCACGCAAGAAAGUUUUUAUUUCCGAAAGGCUUUCAUCCGUAAAAGGAUUUCAAAAUGGCUCUAAAUGGUUUUAUUUAAGUACUUUUAUCUAUAUAGAAAAUUUAAUCGGAAGUAUAAAAAGCGUUUACGUAUAAUAUAAACCAGAUCUUGGUAACUAUAACAUUUAGUUUAAUUACAAGCGAAUUGAGAUUGUCAAUACAAAAGUAAUUAUAUCUAUAAAAAUAUAAUAGAAUGCUUGUCUUUUUGUAUGGUUUUAUUAAAUUAUUAUAAUGAUGUUGAUAGUACAAAUAAUGGCAUCAAUAAACAUAACAAUAGAUUUCUUAGGAAGAGUGUAAACUCGAUACGGCUUAGAAUGAAAACGAUUUAUAUAAAUCUAUAGUAUCUUCUUAUAAAUUCGUUACAUUAACAAUGAUAUUAUACUAUUAAUUACAAGAUCAUUAGUUGUUGUUUUUUAGGCUGUUAUUGUGUUUGUUUGUAUUCUAUUUUCUUAUUAUUCAUAUAAUCUUUUUGUGCUUAGAGAUUACAAUAUAUUUCGCAUGUUGGGAAGAUGAUGCGCAGAUGGCUUGUUACCUAUCUAGCGCUUUCUGCCAUGCUUCUGGAUUACAUGUCAACAUCGAAAGUAAAUGGAGAGAAAAGAGAGCAUACCUAUCCGAAAAAGCCCCUAAAUGCAAAGAGAUUACACAAAGUUCAUAGGUACGAACGACAUGAGCAUAAUAUAAGUUCGAGAACCCUUAAUAGAAAAGGUUUCAAUCAUCCGUUACUCUUGUUCGAUUCAAAGCACUUAAAGAACAUAAAGCAGAACUGGUUUACACUAUCGCCCAAUAUUCUCUCUCAAAUUGAAUAUAUUUUCAACCGUGACAAGUCAUUUGCCGUACCAAAAGAUAAUAAAAUAUUCCUGACGAAACACGGAAUCUCCCUAGGUUCGAAUCUUCCAUUAAUAACGCUCUACUGCCGAAUAAGUAAUGAUAAAAAAUGCAAAAAAAAAAUAAUAAAAAUUAUGGAUAAAGUUUUAAAACAAAAGUCAUGGAACAAUGAAAGAUAUACAAGCGAUACAGUCCUAUCCUCCAUGAUAACCGGUUUUACCGUUUCUCUAGAUAUUAUAAUGGAAUCUCUAAGCCAAACCAGAAUAAAUAAUUAUUUUAAAAAGUUAACCUUUGAAACUAAUAGAUUGUAUAAAAAUUCAAAAAAGAAUUGGUGGGGUAAAAAUCAUCUACACGAGACGAGUGUUAAUAAUCAUCUUGCUAUGUUUAUAUCCGGUGUUCUAUGUAAAACUCAUGGAGUGAAGGCUUCGAAUGACUGGAUUAAUUCAGGGGGCCAGUUUCUGGAUAAUUUGCUGCAUACAGUAAAUGAAGUUAAAGAUGGUUCCUUUCCUUCUUCAAUUAUGGAAAGUCAAAUUGCAUCCUUGCCGUUAAUGAUUUAUGCAAACUUAGUUGAUAGACACUAUAAAAUACCAGUUAACUCUCAUCAUUGGUUCUAUGGUAACCUAGUUUUUGCUAUGCAUGAAAUAUUACCACAUUUUUCAUUACCUAACGGGCCUCUUGAUAGUCAUCAUAGGUGGCUAUUUGGGCCGGAAGCUCAAUUAGCUUUUUUAGAUAAAUAUGCUGUAAAAGAUGGGCGUGCAACGUGGAUUCUAUCAAAAAUUAUGGAAAGUCCCACCUACAAACAUAUUAUAGAGCUUAGAAAAAGCAACUCAAAAUACCCGUCUCUAUUCUAUUAUUUAAUUUGGAGAAAUGCUAGUCUUGUAUCCAGAAGACCCAGAUUCACUUCAGGGUUAUUUCAUCUUCCGGAUUCAGGAUUAGUUCGCUACAGAGAUAUAAAUUGGGAUUUAUCAUUAAGAGCAUCUCGUCCUUAUGGAUUAACAAUAGAAUCGAUGAUAAAUAGAGGUUUGUCCGGUAUCCAUUGGUCGAAUUUAAUGCCUGUUGAUGAUCCACCUUUCCAGGCUGGUAUCAGUUUAAUAAUGAAAGGAAUACCAGUAUUUACACCAAUUCCGGGAGCCUCUUUUUCCAGUCUGCAUAAUACCAUUACGUUUCGGGCGGUGCGCACAAAGUGGAAAGGUUGUCUUGCCCCAUGGUUUGGACAAUUGGGUGAAUGCGCAGAAAGACGUCCUUUGGGAGCCAAAGCGGAUGUACUUACGGCCUCCAGAACAGUUGACGGCUUCACAUUACUGGCAGUUGACGCCAUGCACUCUUAUCCUACUUUCCUUAAAUUAAAAAGCGUUCAACGUCGAGUUUUAAUAAUGGGAGAUGAUAUGCUAUUAAUAGUUGAUCAUAUACACGCUAAUAAACAUACACCUAUUGAUAAAGCUUCGUCGUGUCUUAUAAAUUUCUACUUUCCAUGGAAGUCGCUUAAAACUAGAACAGGAUUUUCAACUCAUUAUCUGAAUACGCCUGGAGGAAAAAUCUUUGUAAAGGUGACGUCUUUGAGUACUAACAGUAAACACAUUCAUACAAAUGUUAUUAACGCCACUGUUAAAGGAAAGAAUGGAGAAUCCAUAGAUAUUAGCACGUUAAAUGUCACAUUCAAUUUAGAAAAUGACUUAAACACUCUUGUAUACAUAAUCGGAGCACCAGGAGUUGAAAUUUCAUCUAAUCAAAUGGGAAUGUCAAAGCAAAAAGAUUCGUUCUUUCUUAUUCUUGAAACACAAAAUAAGGCAAGAUUUUCUUAUUUAUGA